GCCUCGCGAGGAAGAAGACGGACGGAAGCGGUCGUUACAAACGGAAAACAGCAAUGUUUGGACUCUUCAGGAAAAACAAACCCGUCAAAAUAAGGAGUCGUAAUGAAAAUAAAAAGUACGGAGUUGCAGCGAAAGAUGUGAAAGAGUUGCUUAAAAAAGGCUGCAAGUUAGUACAGUUGCCCUCUUCCGGUGCACAUGUUUGUUUGUAUUCUGAUGGGACAACAGUGACAGAGGGAUUCUUCAAAACUCUGCCGGACCACACCGAACUUGUUAUUCUCAGCAGAGAUCAGACAUGGAGCGGAGUUGUGUGUGACAUUGGUCAGUUACUGAAGACAGACCGAUAUGCCGAAGGCCUCAUCGAAGCAGCAAAAGGGCUCCUGUCUGAUGAGAAGUCUCCUCAAAGACGUAAAAUCCUGAACGACCUGCUGCUCAACCUGGAGGACAGAUCUGAGCUGGAGAGCAGGGGGGAGCAUGAAGAUUGGUUCAAAGGUGUUGAUACUCGAUUCAAGACAAAGUCAGCCUACAUGAAGUUCAACUGUGAGAGCAGGAUACGAGGCUACAUGAAGGAGCUGGAUGGGGCUUCCAAAACAAUACAGAAGGCUAAAGUCAGGGAAGAGUUUCUGAAAACAUCAAAGAGUCUGGCGGAAAUGUUGAAAACGGCAAAGAACAACGGCUGCUACUUCGACAGGACCGAAAAGCAAUGCCUCUGUACUCGGGAGGGAUGGUUCACCUGCCAGGGAUCAUAUGAGCAGAAAGUGUGCCAGUCUCUCCACUCCAUCAACCCGUACGGCAGCAGGGAGAGCAGAAUCGUGUUCAGCACAUGGAACCUGGACCACAGGAUUGAAAAGAAGAGGACAAUCAUUCCCGCCCUGCUGGAAGCUCUUCAGAAUCACAAGAGCACAGACAUCAACCUGAACUACUUCUACGGCCUGCUGUUCACCCGGGAGAACCUGAAGCUGGUGCACAUCGUGUGCCACAACAAGGGAGCGCACAACCUGCUGUGUGACGCCAAUAAGAUCUUUAGAAAAGCCAGCAACACGGAAAAAGCCAAACAGAAUGUGAAAGGGAAGAAGCGGCGCUUGGUGUGAACAUUUAAAUCUUUUAAGCGUUUGUAUCCAUAUUUUAAUAACUGUGAGGGCAUCAAGUAUCACUGAUAAGACUGGCAGUAAUUCGUCAGACGAAAGGAUUACACGUUUAUUUUGAAAUCAUGAAAACAUUUAUUAUGUUCUCCGUGUUGGCACUAUAGAAAAUGCAUGGAUUAUUACUUUGUGGCUUUCACUCAGGCAGUAAGUGGCAUAAGAGUGAGGAGCACUAGUGCAAGAACUUACCCUCAAAGAUUACAUUUUUAAAGUCAGGUUUAAGUUAUCCUCUACACGCCAACUGACUAAAAACAUUUCUGAUAAAACUCUUUUUUUAUGCAUUCUGUAUAGAUUUCUGUCAUGUUUGCCUAUGUGAUCCUCAGGGAAAAUAUCUAGCUGCACUGAUAUACUUUAUAUUGGUUAUUUUACAGAUGUGUUGUAUGAAGCAGCUGCCAUAAAGCCCGAACUGGGCACACAAAGAUGAUGAGGAACAUUAGACACUUGGUGAACAAUGAAAUUCAUUCUAAACCACGACUCUGUGAUAUUAAAAGCUUUCGUUAUGAAACA